AUGAGACUCAACAAAGCACUGCCUUAUAGCCAAAGGGAACAUUUUUUAAUACUUCAUAGAUGCCCGGAAUGUGGUCAGCCUUUACCUGAAUCCUAUGUGCCACUUGCUGAUGAAGACUGGACCACUGGCAUUUUCGGAUGUCUUCAAGACACUCAGAGCUGUCGAAUGGGUAUGUUUUGUCCAUGUGUGUUGUUCGGACAAAACGUGGAAACAUUGAGAGAAGACGUAACGAGGAACGACGCAUGCAUGUGCCAUGCACUGUGCGUAGAAGGAGGAAUGGCGGCGGCGGCGGCCACCCUCUUAUUCCACGGCAUCGACCCACAAACCUCGUUCCUCAUCUGCGAGACACUCCUUUUUGCUUGGUGGCUGUGUGGGAUCUACAAUGGCUUGUUUCGUCAAUCACUGCAGAAGAAAUAUCAUCUCAAGAACUCGCCAUGCGAUCCUUGCCUGGUUCACUGCUUCUUGCAUUGGUGUGCGCUGUGCCAAGAACAUCGAGAGAUGAGGAACCAUGUAAACGAUAACACCGAAACACCGAUCACCGUUAUUAAACCUCCUCCGGUUCAAGAAAUGAAUACCACCGUCGAUGAAGAUAAUCAGAAAGAUGAUCAGCCAAUUGCUUCAUCUUCAUCGACGGCAAAGGAUCAACAAAUUGCAGAGCUGGAGAUACAAUCACUCUAG